GAAUCAAUCAACCUUUUCUAAAUCCAAAAUCAAAAAGUCCUUUACCAUUUAGAAUUCCAAAAGCAAAGAAAUAUGCCUCGUGGAACGCUUGAAGUUGUUUUGAUCAGUGCCAAAGGCCUUGAUGACAAUGAUUUUCUCACUAGCGUAGAUCCUUACGUGAUCCUUACUUACAGAGCACAGGAGCACAAGAGUAAUGUGCAAGAAGGUGCUGGAUCCAACCCUCAAUGGAAUGAAACCUUUCUUUUCACUGUUUCUGAUGCUGCUUCUGAGCUCAAUCUAAAGAUAAUGGAAAAGGACAACUAUAGUGAUGAUAAUAUUGGAGAAGCAAAAAUUUCUUUGGAUGCGGUGCUUGAAGAGGGUAGUGUUCCAGAGAGUGUUUACAAACUUGUAAAGGAAGAUGAAUAUUGUGGUGAGAUUAAGGUGGCUCUCACUUUUAAACCCGAGAGAAAUGAAGAACAGGGUUACAACAAGGAAGAGGAGAGUGGUGGAUGGAAAGAAUCAUCAAGAGAUUUUUGAAGUGAAUCAAGAAUUUAAUCAUUGUGUUUUCUGGUGUGAUGAUCUGAUUGAUAGUGUUCUGCUUUGAUUUUCUUUUCUUUUUUAUGUAAACUAUAUUAUGCUGAAUAAAUGAUGGCAUGUAAGCCAUGGAUAUAGAAUAAGUUAUGUGUAAACAGAAUAUUAAUAACAACAAACAACAACUAAUGCAUGAUUAAUUAGUCGCUAUGUGUUUUACUUCUUAGAG